CAGCGCCUGCAAUGUGAACGUGCUGGUAAUCUCAACAGCAUAUCCGUGCUCAUGUGCCUUAUGCUUCCGUCGUCAUCAGUUCGUUCCUGUGAAACGAAGAAGUGCAUUUCCCCAUGGCCCCUCUCUUCGUUAUCGGGACAGACGAGACGGUGGUGACGACGUUUUCAGCCGUACAUGCAUCACACGGAAAAAACUGGAUUUCGUAACGGACCACCGUGCAACAAAAAACUGACACAGUCCACAAGACAACCACCAAGUCCCAGAACCGGCUUCGGUUCCUGGCAGUAUCUCUAUAGUCGUGCUGGACAGGGAGCGACGCUCAAGCGCCGCCUGGCUUUGACCAGAACUCGGCGUCAAAUUGUCUGCCAACCUCGCUCGUGUAGGCAGCACAUUCACCAUCUCGGCGACACCAGCGGCCGUGCCGAGGCGCCUAUCAUCUUCAGAGUUUCGCCGCUGUUUCCAUCGCCGCGUUGCGGACCGUCUCACGGCCAAGGCUACUUAAGGGAGCUUGGGUGGCCGGGAUCGCCUUUUCUCUUUGUGGCGGGUGAGACGGGCGAGCCCGUCAUGAGGGUCCUCGUCGCGGUGGCGCUCUUGCUGAGCGCGGAAGCUGUGGCAGGUUUCAAUAACGGCAAGGAGUACGUGUACAACUAUGAAGGAAAGAUUCAAACAAUAAACUUGGAGCAGCCCCAACAUUCCAACGGGUUCGCCUUCCGCAGUAAGAUAGCCAUGCAGCCUAAAGGCGAGCUCACAUUUUUCAAGGUCUCGGACUUUGUCGUCGAUUUGUUCCACGGUGAAACGAUCGACCUGAAGACGCACACCUUCAAUUUUCAACCCCACGAACAGCUGACCAACUACCUAGAACGGCCCUUCGCCGCUGCAUUCAAGGAUGGCCGGUUCGAGCACGCUGAACUGGGUAAGGAUGAGCCUCUCUGGUCUCACAACAUCAAGAAGGGCAUCAUCAGCCUGUUCCAACUGGAUCUUUCAAAGCGAAGCCAGAUUAACCCACAAGGCAACGAGUUCAUCGUGGCCGAGGAUGGCCUUAACGGCCAAUGUCAGACGACCUACGUCGUGUCGGAAGAAGCCGAAGGCCUGGAGGUGACAAAGAUAAAGGACUUAGAAAAGUGCGACCACCGGCCCUACCACUUUACGGGAACGCUCAAAGGACGACCGUGCACCGGAUGCAAGUCACAGCGAUGGUUGCCUCUCACAAUGACGUCAGAGGUGAAGUAUCGCUUGAAGGGCACGAGAGAACAUUACGUCAUCGGCUGCGCGUGCGGAACUUCAGACCAAGUGCUCGCGCCCUAUGGAGACGGCAAGAAAUUCCACGUGCAAGUCAACAACACGGCGACGCUUCUGGAGGAACACGACGGUGCCGCGGAGAUUUCUCUACCGGAGGUCGAAAGCCACCCGCGACUGUGGCAUGCCUUUCCCAAGGCGGAAGACGCCGUCACGGGCCUCGAACUGCACGCGCCCAACCACUACGUCCACGAGUUCGGACUCACUGGAAGCCAAGAAACAUUCAUCGAGGGUCUGAAGAGGCUGGCAGCCAUCGAGUACAGCCAGGAGGACUACAAGAACAUGCGCGACAAGCCGAGUGCAAGCAUGCUCUUCCUGCAGCUAUUCUCAAACAUGCUGACCUUGACGUACGACGAGAUAUCGGACAUCUACAACCAGCACGUUCUCAAUGCGCCCAAUGGAGCCAAGAAGCACAUCAGGAACGUGUUCCUCGACCUUCUGGUAGCUGCAGGGAACAACCCGCACGUUUCCUUCGCUCUCAAGCUCAUCAACGCUGGCCAACUUAGCACGGACGAAGCCGACCGCUUGUUGCUCAAGUUUCCCAACAACCUCAAGGAGUUCAGUGUGGCUGUCGUCAGCGAGCUGGCCAACGUGUGCCACUCGGAGUUUGUGACUGCCAGCGAGUCGCUGCGAUCCACUUGCAUCCUGGCUGUGAGUGCCCUGGCAGGUGGAGCUAGAUGCAACAGGGCCACCAAUCUGCUCGAGGCUGACUCCGGUCUCUGCUCGCCGCACAUUGUCGAGCUUUUCUUCAACUACUCGUUGACGCCGGAGGAUGUGAAGGCCAAGUCCGAGCAGCGGGUCACCUACUACAUCAACGCGGCGGGCAACCUGGCUACUUCGGCGGCUGUGCGGUACCUGCAGCGGUUCGCCGAUCCGCGCCACAACCAGCCCGUGACGCGCCGGUCGGCUGCCCUGUGGGCCCUGACGCGCACAGCGGCUCUGAACCCGAGUCUGGUGCGUUCAGUCGUGCUGCCCAUCUACGAGAACACGAGCGAGCCCCACGUAGUUCGAGCUGCGGCGUUCAUCAACAUCAUGUUCAGCGAUCCGGACCUCUUCAUACUGCGCCACAUCGCGCGAAGUCUGAUCGACGACCCCAGCGACCACCUCGUGUCCUACGUCAGCAGCACCUUCCGCGCCAUCGCCGACUCAAAGUUCCCCUGCGUUCAGGACCUUGUCGAGAAGCUGCGCUACGUACUUCCGCUGUGGGACAACGUGCGAAGGCUCUCCAAGCCAGUGGACAUCACGAAGUCCUCCGCGUACGCUAGUACUGGAUACAGCCGCGAGUACGACACCGGCAGCUUGAGCGUCCUGUCCGUCAUACGCUCCGAGGACAGCUUCCUGCCGCAGAGCGUCUACGCCACCACCCAGGCGUACGCCGCUGGCAAUGUGUACGAGGUCUUCGCACUGAGCUUCGAGCAGUGGGGUCUGGACAGGCUCGUGAACGCUCUGUUGGGCCCACAUCCGGGUUCCACCAAGAACCUGUGGAAUGUGCUCGGCAGGCGCCGCUUCACUCGGAGCGCCUCGGAGACGAGCCGCAAGCACAUUGAGCAGGCGCUUCCCAUCGCCGACCGCGAAUACGAGCCAGCGUACGCACGGCUCAACCUUCAAAUCUUUGGUCACUCCGUGAAGCUGAUUCAGUUCGACGAAUCAGCGCUCGCGGCAGUCCAGUCUAACGAACCUCCGGCGGCUGCGCUGGCUCACGUGCUUGGAGAGGAGGUACACUCGAAGCACUUCCACCUCGUCGAAGACCUCAUAGUACUCGUGCCCACUGAAGUUGGCAUCCCCACAUACUUUGACAUCAAGACGGCUGAGUUCACCUACGGGAACCGGGCCAAGCUGGACUUUGAGCACACCGAAGACGGCAAGUUUGUGGUGGACUUCAAAAGGCACUUUGUGCACGAGACCCGGUCGUACAAGAUGCUUGGCAUCGCGCUCACCUUCAACCGGACGUCACUGGGCUCGGGCUACGAUUCGCGCCAGCUGUUCUCGUUACCCCUGGAGCUGCAGGUGACACUGGACCCGGUCCACCACAAGCUGAGCGUCAAGCGACCCGUGACGCCACCUGUCGACUUGUUCAGCUACCACUUCGUGCCGUUCACGUUCCAGCUUCCGUACGAUAGAAGCUCCAUCGAGGAGCCCAAGGCGCUGCCCGGAUUUUCUCUUCACAACGCCGAAGAUCUCUACUUGUUCGACAGGACAUACCUGAACGGCUCGCUGGGAGUAUCCGUAAAUUUCCAGGGAUACGCGCUCAAGAGGGAUCUCAGGGCAAACCUGCGAGAGUUCUUUCACGGUAUGGACCUCCGCGAGAAGAUUGAAUACCUUGUCGUCAACCCACGCUGGAGUCCGCGAGCUUUCCGCAUGCAAGUCCUUCCAGCUGAGCACGACCCGCUGAGUUUGGUGAGUCUGGACCUUUCUCACCACUUGUACAAGCCAGAAGACACAGAGAGGCCGACAACGUUCGGCCUGGAAGACCUGCCCGCAGAAGGCUCGGAGCGUCCGUACACGCAUGCGGUGCUGGGAAGCCUGGCCUUCAGGGGCGGCAGCAGGGAGAGGAAACUCACCUGGGAACUUAGAUACUCGUUCAGUAAGGACCUGCUCCGCCACAAGCUGCUAUUUCACUACGACAGGCAGCCGUUCUCAGCGUCCGAGCAUAACCACACCAAGAUAUGCCUCGAAGCUUCCGCCAAGUUCCCGAAGCCAGAUCACACGAAGCUGGGUGAAAUUGCUGCUUUCCACCAAGGAAAAGAGAUACAAGCAUUCAUGAAGGUCUACUACGGCAGCAACUGCCACGACGACUCUGUGAUUUAUUUCAACGGCAAGUACACGCACACUGACGAAGACGCCAAGGAUAUACAAGCCAAUGCAGCCGGUGCUCCACUUGCUUCCAAGCGAGUCAGCAGUUUGCGACAACUGUACGCUAAAUGCUUAAAAGACAAAGAGCACGGGAUUCCUCUGAGCCAUCACUGCAUCUACUACCUGUACCGAAGCAGCCGUCUCGGAAAACUGGUCCUUGACGUACAAUACAAGAACCCAAAGUCACUACUUCCGACCCCGCUGUGGCGUUCCCUGGCGUACACCAGGUCUCACAAGGCUAACCCCGGCUUCCUGAGUGUCGUAUUCUCGCAUAUGACCGGCCCGUCUGGCGAGCUGCACGUCGAGUCCCAGGUGCCGGCCUCGGCCAAGAAACCACACGCCGACGUAGUGGUCACCGACCAGAGUGGCCACUCGCACCACUACGACCACGUGCCCAUGAGGACACACCUGCUGGAGCCGCGAGUGUUCUUCGCCUUCCGAUACACCAACCUGGCCGAGUACUCUGCUUACUACAGGCACAGGUACUGCGACGUUCAGGGCCACAGUGCAAGGACUUUUGACGGCGUCGUUGUUGACUUGCCCAAAACUGACUGCUACAAGGUGGUCGCACGAGACUGCUCUGUGAACAGGAGGUUCGUAGUCUUGGCAAAAGCCCUGCCAAAUUCGGCAUUCUCGAAGGCUCUGAAGGUGUUCAUACACAACACGGAAAUUGAGCUCCUGCCAGCGGGCGACGCUGAUCACGCCGUGGUGAAAGUUGACGGAGCUGCGGUGGCUGUCACCGUUGACGAGGCCUACGCACACACAGUCCAAGGCGCCGAACUCUUCACAGUCUCCAAGGCCCACGGCAUGUACGAGAUACUCUCGAAGUCCUACGGUCUUGACGUCUUCUUCAACGGCAAAUUCCUCUUCGUUCAGGUCGCUCCUUUCUACCGAGGCAAGCUCUGCGGAUUGUGCGGCGACUACAACUACGACCGGCAACACGAACUCGUGGGCUCGAAUCUUCAUCUCCACAAGGACACCCUUAGCUUCGCUAAGAGCUACGUGGUCCCCUCAGGCGACUGCACUCCGCCCUGAACUCUUCCCGUUGAGCCCAAAGGUCACCGGUCAGCCCAGCCACAAGCAGGGGACAUUUUAACGAGGCUUGAUUCGCGUGUGACAACUGUUUUGCGACCGACUUGAAAAUAUCCAUGAGCAUUAGCAGCGCCACUUCAUCGUGUUUUGAGUAUUUCACGGUGAGUCAAGAAACCAAGGACUGUGCAAUCAUUCUCUGUUACCGUUUGUCAGUUAGUCCCUGAAGGUGUCGCUGCUGCCGUAGACGUCGCUGCCGAAGGUGUGAGUGAGAACGCAGAUAUCGCUGUCAGAGAUAUCUCGUCUCACGAAAGUCCCAGGACUGACCCUUGCCAUGUCACAAUAACGUUAUUGCGCUCGUAGAAGAUGCAGAAGACAGUAUUGGUUAAAUAUUGCUAAUGUGUCUGGUGGAGAGAUACGGAUUAGGUAAGGAGUGAAAUGAUCAUAGAUAAGGAUGGAAAGGAUUGAAAGGCUGAGAGAUCUAUAUUAUGACUGGAGAGUCACAAAAAGUAAUCGAGGCUAACAAAAUUUUUAUUUUCUGAUCCCUGGUGUUCUACGAUGGGCACAAAGUCGGUUAACUUGUUGGAGAAUCAUAUGAUCUUUAUUAUUUCACAUCAUACUGACAACUUGGAGCAAACCUCACGAACUCCUAGCCUCGUAAUCAACGCCAAAUGACCCGCGAGUUCGCUACUACGGGCCAAUUGAAGCAUGCGAAGUUGUUUUUGCCCUGAGCAAAAGAUAUUCGCAUGGUCCAUAUCUAUGCGCAGAAUUAGAAAGCUCCGCACAUGAUUCCAGUCAGAGGACAAGAAUAUUACGACAAAUGGCGUGAAGUGAACGAAUAAAGAAUGGUCUUAAAAAGAUAUUUAAAAAUGCGUCUUUCUUUUCCGCGCAG